AGGUCUAGUAAACUAAACCCUAAAAUAACGCCUACCUCGAAAAUCCUCUCUCUAUUCGCGAGCCACCAUAAGCCCUAUCUGCGCCAGCAGAAGCAAUUAGGGUCUGCGUCUCUCGCUGGCUUUGAAUCCAUUAAAACAAGGCGGUGGACUUGUUCCCCGAUACGCCCUUAGCAGAUCCUUCUUGAAUCAAAGAUUUGUGUGAUUUUCAUGAGAUUGCAGCAACAGAGAUGGUGGUAGAAGUUUCGUGUUUUUAAAGUGUGGAAUCCAAGUAUAGGAAAUCUUUCUCUUAUUGUGUAAGUUUCAUGAGAUGGCAGCAACAGAGGGUGGUGGUAGAAGUUUUGCCAGGAGAGACAAACUCUUGGAGAUAGAGGCGAAAGUUACGAGUUGGUGGGAGGAGAAGGAUGUAUUCAGGGCUGAGCCAGGUGAAAAGGCCCCUGAACCCGAUGAGAAGUUUUUCGGGAACUUCCCAUUCCCAUACAUGAAUGGGUUCCUUCAUUUGGGGCAUGCCUUCUCCCUGUCAAAGCUCGAGUUCGCUGCUGCCUUCCACCGAUUGAGAGGUGCCAACGUCCUUCUUCCAUUUGGUUUCCACUGUACUGGGAUGCCCAUUAAGGCUUCUGCAGACAAACUCACACGGGAGAUCAAACAAUUUGGAAACCCGCCAGUGUUUCCUGGAAAAGCGGAGGAGGAAGUGGAUGUACCAGCAGAGCCUCAGGAUGCAAAUGAAGAUGCUCCAGCAGUGUUAGAUAAAUUUAGGGGGAAGAAGUCCAAGGUGGCAUCUAAAUCGGGUGGUCAGGUCUUCCAGUGGGAAAUUAUGCGCAGUUUUGGACUUUCUGAUAGGGAAAUAUCGAAGUUCCAGAAUCCGUACGAGUGGUUGCAGUUUUUCCCACCAUUGGCUGUGGAGGAUCUGAAGGCCUUUGGAUUGGGCUGCGACUGGAGGAGGUCCUUUGUGACUACUGAUAUGAAUCCAUAUUUUGAUUCAUUUGUCAGAUGGCAAAUGAGGAAAUUGCAGUCUAUGGGUAAAAUUAUAAAGGACGUUAGAUACACUAUAUAUUCUCCCUUAGAUGGCCAGCCAUGUGCCGAUCAUGAUAGGGCCUCUGGGGAAGGUGUGCAGCCACAGGAUUACACCCUUAUCAAGAUGGAGGUGUUACCUCCUUUUCCACCUAAGUUAGGACCUUUGGAGGGAAGGAGAGUGUAUUUGGCUGCUGCAACGCUUAGGCCUGAAACAAUGUAUGGGCAAACAAAUGCAUGGGUGUUACCAGAUGGGAAAUAUGGAGCUUUUGAAAUCAAUGAAACUGAUGUAUUUAUUCUCUCUGAGAGAGCAGCACUUAAUCUUGCAUACCAGAAUUUCUCCAGGAUACCACAGAAACCUACUUGCUUGAUUGAACUGACUGGUUACGAUCUGAUUGGUCUUCCCUUGAAGUCCCCUCUUUCAUUCAUGGAGGUGAUAUAUGCUCUUCCGAUGUUGACUAUUCUUACUGAUAAAGGUACUGGCAUUGUGACCAGUGUACCUAGUGAUGCUCCUGACGAUUAUAUGGCCUUGAGCGACUUGAAAGCAAAACCAGCUUUUCGCGCUAAAUAUGGUGUUAAGGAUGAAUGGGUUUCUGUUGAUAUUCUGCCCAUCAUAAACAUUCCAGAAUUUGGAGACAAGGCUGCUGAAAAGGUUUGCAAAGAUUUGAAAAUUAAGAGUCAGAAUGAGAAAGAGAAGCUUGCAGAAGCAAAGAGGUUGACAUACCUGAAAGGUUUUACUGAUGGAGUAAUGCUCGUCGGAGAAUUCGCAGGGAGGAAAGUCCAGGAAGCAAAGCCUUUAUUAAGGAGCAAGUUACUUGAGACAGGCGAGGCAAUCAUGUAUAGUGAGCCUGAGAAGCGGGUGAUGUCAAGAUCUGGUGAUGAAUGUGUUGUUGCCCUCACUGAUCAGUGGUAUAUCAUAUAUGGGGAAUCAGAAUGGAAGAAGCUGGCGGAGGAAUGCUUUUCCAGCAUGAACCUCUAUUCCGAUGAAACACGACAUGGCUUUGAGCACACUUUGAGCUGGCUAAAUCAGUGGGCUUGCUCACGAUCUUUUGGGCUUGGGACUCGUAUUCCUUGGGAUCCCCAGUUCCUUGUGGAGUCAUUAUCUGAUUCCACUAUUUACAUGGCUUAUUACACCGUUGCUCACAUAUUACACGAUGAGGACAUGUAUGGUAAUGGAGACCAUGUUGUAAAGCCUGAUCAAAUGACUGACGAGGUUUGGGAUCAUCUCUUCUGUGGUGGGCCAUAUCCUGAAGCAUCUGAUAUCCCUUCAUCCAUCCUGGAUAGGAUGAAGCGGGAGUUUGAAUACUGGUACCCAUUUGAUCUUCGAGUAUCUGGAAAAGACCUGAUACAGAACCAUCUUACCUUCUGCAUCUACAACCAUACAGCGAUUAUGUCUAAGCACCACUGGCCUCGGGGGUUUAGGUGUAAUGGGCACAUAAUGCUCAAUUCUGAGAAGAUGUCAAAGUCCACUGGAAAUUUCAGGACUAUUCGUCAGGCUAUAGAGGAAUUUUCUGCUGAUGCAACACGAUUCUCUUUGGCUGAUGCAGGGGACGGUGUUGAUGAUGCAAAUUUUGUAUUUGAAACUGCUAAUUCUGCUAUUCUACGGCUUACUAAAGAGAUUGCAUGGAUGGAAGAGGUGCUGGCUGCAGAAUCAUCUUUGAGAACAGGUUCCCCAACUACUUUUGCUGAUCGGGUAUUUGAAAAUGAGAUCAAUAUUGCUAUCAAAAUGACUGAGCAGCAUUAUCGGGACUGCAUGUUUCGUGAGGCUCUCAAAACUGGCUUCUAUGAUCUUCAGGCUGCCAGGGAUCUGUAUAGGUCGUCAUGUGGCAGUGGCGGCAUGAACAGGGAGUUGGUGUGGCAUUUCAUGGAUGUGCAGACACGUCUUAUUACUCCAAUUUGUCCACAUUAUGCGGAGUAUGUUUGGCAGGAGCUUUUGAAGAAGGAUGGCUUCGUGAUCAAGGCAGGCUGGCCAAUGGCAGGUGCUCCUGACCUAACCCUCAAGAGUGCCAAUGAGUAUUUGCAGGAAACAAUUGUGUUGAUUAGGAAGCUGUAUCAGAAACAAGUUUUGGGUUCGAAGAAAGCCAACAAAAAGGGCGUCGAGGAAAAAAAGAUAGGUGGAGACAAGAAGUUCAUUGCAUUGAUAUACGUCAAUGAGCAAUAUGAUGGAUGGGAAGCAGAGUGCUUGAAGAUACUUCAAAGCAAAUUUGAUGGUAAAAAUUGUACAUUUGCAUCAUUUGCAGAGAUAAUGGAGGCUUUGCAGAAGAGCACUCUUGGUCAGGCUUCUGAUUUCAAGAAAGCCCAAAACAAGUAUAUGCCUUUCUUGAGGCACAAGAUGAGCAUAGCAAUUAAAAUAGGGGUUCAUGCCUUGGAUUUGAAACAGCCGUUUGGGGAGAUUGAGGUUCUCCAGGAGAACUUGGACUUUAUUAAGAGACAAAUUGGUCUUGAAGAUCUAGAAAUAUUGUCUGCUACUGACCCUGAUGCGCGUGAUAAGGCUGGUUGUUUAGUCUCACUGCUAGAUAAAAAUGGUCCAUCUCCUGGAGAGCCAACUGCUAUCUUCCUGACCAGGGACUGAAGAAGUCAAAAGAUUUAAAUACUCAGCAGCCUGGUUGCUCAUUUUAUGGAUUGCUGUUGGAAAACUCUUUAAGUAGCUGUGGCAACUCAAGCGGGCUUCUUACAUAUUCUGAACUCAUCGUGGCUUGACUGCAAGUUGUGGCUGGACUUUGGUUCAAACUUCAUAAACCCUUUUGUAAUAAUUUGUGCUAUCCUCUCAUGAAGUCGAACUGGCUAGGGUUCUUACUUUUUAUUUCAAUUUCAUUUGUGUGGAUGGAGAUACUGACGAACUUAUUCUUCAAUACUACGUUGUCAUUGUUCUGAAGUUGAUACAGCUGCAAUUUAUACUUAAUCGAGUUAUUCCUUUUCAGAAAAAGAGGGCCCACAUAGAAUAGAAGGACAGAAGGGGAUUAAGGCAGUGAAGUUAAUGUUUUCUUGUGUGGCUAUUUUACUGGCUUGUAUGUUGUAAUGAAUUUUGCAGAAUGUAUUGUAUGCUGCUUGAAAUCUGAGAUUGUA